UCAAUACAUCAGUAGAGUACAAAUAUAUUAAAACUUAGGUAACAACCGUGGAUAAUGGAAGAUUUCAACGAGAACAAUAAAACAGUUGUGGAGCAGGAAAUUGCCGAAGAGUAUCAAUACAACUAUAAUUUUUUAAACAUUCCAUGGGAUGAUCGUUCUAAAAAGAGCAAAUUAGGCAUAAUCGCUCUAUUAACAGUUAUAUUUUCUGUUAUAGUAGCAUGCAUCAUUACUAAUUUCUGUAUACAUUAUAAAAGUUUUCAAUCUUUUAAAUUAAUAAGUAAUGAAAUUAAAUGUCAUCUUGUGAAGAUGGUCGACUAUCGUUACGUUGCUAGGAUACAUUUGGCGUCGACACAUGAACUUCUCUGUGUCGGCGCAAUCAUAAGUUCCUCUUCGGUUUUAGCGAAUGGGGUGUGUGUGAAAUCUGGACCAAUACUCCUGCGUUUGGGAGAUCUUACAGAAUCUCGCUGCAAAAAGGGUUUCACUGUCGAUGUCAUAGAACCAAUAUACCAUGAUGGCGUUAUUUCUAAUUCACUGGUUCUUUUAUCCACCUAUGAAAACUUUGCUCUCUGUGCAAAGACUAUUAGAUUUGGUCUGCGAAUAGAUUUGAAUUCAAGAGCUUAUAUAAUUGGAAGACCAUUGCAUGUGGGAAAAACACUAACUCGGCAACCAGCGACACUUACUAAUGAAUACGAUUUGAAACCAUUGUUUAAGCAUUUGAAUAAGCAACACAUGAUUUGUGUUAAUGUUUUGGCGCGAUGUCCAGUGCGAGCCGGCGAUUUGCUUAUUCAAAAUGGAUACCUUUUUGGUUUAGCAUCUACGAGCAUUCAUCAAACGGAUCAGAGUAAAAUGGCAUGUUUUGCAGAUUUAAAUGUAGUGCGUCAUGAAAUCAGUGCAUUGGAUGUUGAAUUUAAAUUUUUCAUAUGAUUAAUACCUACUUACAUAUUUUAUUAAACUUACUCAAAUACCUAAGAAAUAUUUUAAAUAGUAAAAAUUAAAUAAUUUGUCUCAAUGUAAUUCGGUACUACUUCAUAAGUAUAACAAAAUUAAAGGGCAUGUAUUUAUUAAUCGUGACAAAACGAUGUACGAUUAAGAGGGGACAGUUAAUUCACUAUCUCUGCUAUUCAGUCUCAUAGCCUUUAUCCAUAAAUUACAUAUAUGUAUAUGGAGCUGGUUAUAAAUAUAGUGAAAUCAAUUCAC